AUGGACAUAUCAUCAUGGUUUCGAAUACACAAUGAAAUGCAACAGCAGCAGCAGGCACAAGUACCAAAUUUAGCAUAUCAAUUAUCUCAACAGCAGCAAAAUCAAGAACAGCAGCAGCAACAGCUACAGCAACAACAGCAGCUACAACAGCAACAGCAGCUACAGCAACAACAGCAACAACAGCUACAGCAACAACAGCAACAACAGCAGCAGCAAUUACAGCAGCAGCAAUUACAGCAGCAGCAAUUACAGCAGCAGCAAUUACAGCAGCAGCAAUUACAGCAGCAGCAAUUACAGCAGCAGCAGCAAUUGCAGCAGUACACACAAAUCCCUCAAUCACCUUUUCCAUUGUCGCAACAGCAGCCACAGCAGCACGCUCAACAAGUACAGCAGCAAGCACAGCUGCAGCAGCUACAGCGACUACAACAGGCUCAAAAUCAAGCUCAACCUGCACCGAAUGUAAUAGGCCAGCCGUCUGCAGCGAUCAUCAAUCCUGUGCAGCCAAUGCAGUCGCAGUCUGCUAUGGCACCUGAAAUGUCUGCGCAGCAGCGGAGAAGCACACCUUCUGCACCCUCCAUAUCACCAGUUCAAAUGCUGCAGUCUAUUCAGGCCAAUAUGAACAUGGUACAGCGGCAAUGGGCUAUGGUAAAUGCACAACAAGAUACUCCCAAUAAGACAUCUGCAUUGCAAUAUCUUACAACACAGAUGCAGCGACUCAUGUCAAUGCAUGAGUCUGUGCUGAAUGCUUCGCGAAACUCUGUGACUCCUGAUUCCAACGCAUCCGGCAGCAGUAUGAACGCACCUCCUUUGAACCAGACUGCCAAUCCUUUGACUCCUACGCACCCGCCUGGGGAGCCGAGGUCAUGGGAUCCUGCAACUACUGCACCGCAUUCAUACCCUUUGUCUGUAAAUCAAAUUGCGCAGCCGGAGCAAAAGCAUACUGCCGACUCGGUCGCUCUGGCGCAGCCGUCUGAUCCGUCGUUUGUCGCGCCCUCAAACGUACAGACUAAGCCUAUGGUCUCACCUGUUGUGUCAACGCCAGCUGUACCGUCAACACAAUCACCACCACAGCCAUCCAACGCUGUGCCGCGUGACUUUUUGUCCGCUGUAUACCUGUUUUAUUCGCAGCGUGGAAUGAUAUUGGCGCCAGACUUUGCAUCGCCUUUUGUUGGGCCUGCCACAACACCAAACGAGACGCGCUCCAUUGAUUUACAGCGCCUUUUCACGAAAGUGUUAAGCAUGGGUGGUUCAGAUCACAUAUUCUCUGUUCAGAAUGGAUGGGCUUUGGUGGCACAACAACUGGAUCUGGCAGUUGGGCCGCCCACCAGCUCAACGCCACCGAGUGCAAUUCCUACUCCUGGAGAAGUGCCUGCUCGACUUGCGGCGUACUACGUGCGUCGCUUGCUGCCCUUUGAAAAGUCGUGGAUAGCCACGCAACGCGCCCACUCAGAGGCGUCUAAACCUGCUAUUCCGACGCCACCAACAUCCGUGCCCGCUCCCACCGAAUUGCCAACGGCACCUGUUCAGACUUCUGCCCCUGUACCUGUGCCUACGCCAACGCCUACCGCAGCAACGGCGUCGAAUCCGUUUAUCAAUAUGGAGCCCACACAAGUGCAGAUGGUCGUAGGCCAGCACUUGAAUCAACUCCAGAACCUUGUGGCAGCUGGGCAGCUUUCGCCACAAUUAGCAAUGGCGCGGUAUGCGGCUACGCAGCAAGCCCUUCAGGCAUAUAACAAUGAGCGUGCCGCAAGCUUGCAGCGACCCACUGAGCCAGGGCCAGUUGCCCCCACCCCAGCUGCAGCACCGAAGGUGGCGAAACCGACGGCCAACUUGGCCCCGCCAGUCCCCGUGCCGCCUCCAGCGCAAGUGCCAGCUCCUGAAGCGCCCUCAACGGUCGAGCGACCUCCUGAAACCGACUCGCCCAAGCCCAUUGACUCGCCCAAGCCGAGUCAGCCUCCGAGAGAAGUAUUAACGCGAUAUGAAAUUGAGUAUAUCCCGACCAAUAUUCGGCUUUCUACGUUUGGUGGCCGUGAUUUAAAUCGCUUGGAUGAGGAAUUGGCUCCGCGUCUCGCGCAAUGUGCAGGGACACGCGGUGUGCAUGAAUUAGGCGUGGUGGAUGUUCAUGCGUUGAUCAUGUCGCUCAAGUCCGGCUUGGCCGUCGAAAUCUCGUAUGCGCUCAAUGCCCUUCUUAUUGUGUCGGCUGGAGCUGAUGCGCCGUCCGAUUUCCAGCUGUCACUUGCUCAAUGCGAUGACUUGCUAGAUGUUCUACUAGAUGUGCUUGCUUCGCAUGCCCCGUGUGAUUCAGACACGUCGCUAGACCAUUUGCUGCAAGAUUCGCUGUUGACAUACUGUGAUGCUAUUGAUCUAGCGCUCGCCGAGGAAGCUGAAAUUUGUGUUCGACGGCGGCAAAGUAAGACACAAUCAGAGGAACAUGAAGCCGAUCGGCGCGUAGCUGUGGCACAGGUCGUCCUGACAAUUCUGCGUAAUUUGUCCGUCAUGCCAGAAAACUGCACUUACUUGGCGACGCAUAAGCGUUUUAUACCCAUGAUGGCUUCUCUACUUCGAACCAUUCAGCGUGAUCAGCGCUGGGACACAGCACAUGGCACAGCAUUGGCGGCAUUUUCACUUCGCGAAUUACUUCAUAUCAGAAAAGACGUAUUGACGAUGAUGUUGGGCGUUGCAGGCGAAGCACUCGAGUUGCGUCGCUUUGCUGUCGACACGAUAGCAGCUUUGGUGGAUCUACUGCGCUUUUUCGUGCUGGAUGCUGUCGAGUUCGAACAGAGGCACGGCACCUCCUCUGAUGCGCUGGAACGUGCCUCAUCUUCGGCCCUCGUUUUCCAUGCACCGCAUCACAUCUUUUUGGCAUUGCAAGCACUCUCGCUCUUGACGUUGCCUGAUGCGAAUCGUGAUGUGCUGGCAUACUGUAUCCCACUUUCUGUCCAAAUACAGCUCGUGUCGCGUCUCAUUACGCUCUUGCCUAUAUCUGUGUCUGAUUUUCGCCGCUUUGCGAGUCUCACACGGUUAGAGUACACGGAAACGGCCGCUAUUUGCCUAUACAACCUAAUAUACCUUGCGCCACUGGCAGUCAAGACAGCGAUACGCGAUACACUUGGCGUGCCUGGCAUCUUGUUUCGCGCUGUCAAGCAUCUUAUUAUGAGUACUCGAGACUAUGCUCAGAACCCCUACGAUGUACUGUGUCGCCGUCUUAUUGAGACAGCCCAUUUGCUCAUUGAUGACAAAGAUUCGUUGGACGAGUCGCCGCUACUCGGUAUGUAUUGGCCGCCGACCGAUGAAAAAGACCAUACCAAGUCGUCUGAACAAACGACAAUCCUUACUGGUCACGACGAGACUGUCAUUGACAUGUUGAUACGAACAUCAAAUGUCGAUGCAGGCAUGACAAGCGAGCUUCUGGCUCUGGUGUAA